AUGCCCGGUGACCAAUCGCUGCACCACGCACACACGCUCGACGAACAUCGGUCAGACUGCGUACAGUGCGAUCGCCUGAACGGCGACGAAAACAUGGUGCAGUGUGAUGGUUGCCAAACUUGGUGGCACUUUUCGUGCGCCGGAGUAACUGAUUCGAUUAAGGAUCGUUCUUGGUCUUGCCCAAAGUGUCAGGUGGAUGACCUGGGCAGCAUCGCACGGACAUCUCGUGGAUCCCGAUGCUCGAACCAAUCCGGACGGUCCGCGAGAAUCAAUCUGCAGCUUGAGAAGCUUAAUGAGCUCCAAGCAAUCCAGCAGAAGUUUGUCGAGCAGAAGUACAAACUGCUCGAAUCCCAACUGGAGCUAGAUGAAGAGAGCGAAAGUGUUCGAAGCAAACGCAGCAAAGUGAGUAAACAAGCCAGCAUCGCAAAGGUUGCAAAUUGGGUGAAAAGUUGCGCAGAGCAGAAGGAGGACGCCAUCAUUCCUUCCACUUCAACGGAGACAGGCCGUCCGUCGUUGCCGCCAGCCCCUUCCAACCAACCGAAGCCAAUUACCGCCACCGCUAGCAGUUACGUCACAGCCCAAGUCCAGCAGCCAGAUAGUGGGAAUCAACAGAGUCCGCUGAAGCAUCCUUCGUUGCCAAAUCAACGAUCGUUCGGAGUGGCUCCAGCGACAGGAGCCCUCAUAUCCGGUCCGACCCAGGACGGAGACCCAAUCAGGCAGGCCGUCUUCAACAAGGUGACAGGAACCGUACCUCUAGCGCAGUCUACUCCAGCACAAAUGUCUUGCACAGAGCAGGCAUAUAAACAACCUCCGCCGGCCCCAGCCGUGGUGUCCGAUUCGACGACAGUGCCUUCCACGGCGCCAGCGUGCGCAAUACCAGAUGCGGUUUCAACAAAAUUCUUCACGUCGAAUCCGAGUUCGUUUCCCGCUAUGAUGCUUCCGCCUAACCCGCAGCACCAGUUGAACUUUAUACCGGAGAACCCCUCAACCGAGCAGCCGUUUGCCAGACCUCCUUCGGCGUAUGUACAGGCCCCGCCGCAGUCUUUGGUUGAACAGAGGAUGCCAGAGAUUCCACGUCCAAUCGUUUCGCACCAUCAACAAGGGAAUUUGGGCCCAUAUCACGUUGGCGCCCCCAUGCCGCCGAUGCUCCACGCCACGUCGACGCUACCGCCUGCUGCGGUACCAUAUCGUAUACCAACGUAUCCUGUAUUCCAGCCGAUGUACCAACAUGCACAACCGUCGGGACCUGCGCCAACCGUUGGAAAUCUGGCGGCAGCCCCGCCGGCAGUCGCGUCUUCAUUCGCGGCCGCUACGCCUCCAUCAUUGCCGCCCCCGCCACCGCAACCCGAAUCUCCUAAUAGAGAAGUAUCUUUCCCUCAGCCACCAGGUAAGCCAGAUAAUAAUCCUCUGCCAGUAAAUGUUCAGCCGCCUAGUAACGCCGGCAACCUUCAGCAUCUAAUGAAGCAAUUUGGUAGCAUUGCUCUAUCGCCUUCGCAAGCACCAUUGCUAAAUGCAAAUAUAGCCACUUUUGUCCCCUCCCCCUCGCAGUUAGCGGCCAGACAAGGAUUCUCGGAGGUCAAUCUCAAAACGUUCGGCCUCUUCAUGUCCAGUGUAGUGAAAGCAGUGAGUAAAGUGACAGUGUACGCUAGCAGCAGUGGAAGACCAGGUGCCUACGUGAAGAACAAUUCGAAGUCGAGAGGAAGUGUUAACAGCCAUCAUAGUGAUCCAGCAUUCCAGCAUCCAGUUCCGGAACCAAUGCGCCGCCGAGUCGCGAUGAAUCAAAGCCGUGUCCCGCCUGCAAGAACGCCGGUCAUCGUAUCCAGGAUUGUCGCACCUUCAAAUCGCUUUCCUUGGACGGACGCUGGAAGUGUGUCCAGUCAAAUGGACUGUGCCGAAACUGCUUGA